CGCUCUCACAAACAAAACCACCCAUUAUGAUAAUGCAACACUUUCAAAGCUGGUUAAUUAAUAGAAAAUGAUGGUAGUUUCUUUCAUUAAUGGUCUCCUAAGACAAAAUUAGGCGCACCCUGCGGAGCGCAGAUAACGCGCGGGGGUUAAACGAUAACACAUCAGACAACGGCACCUAUUCACUCCUAUCUGACGACAACCUCCGCCACGCGUGGAGUACUGAGUGAAAACCGAUCUGUGGAAAAUUGGGGAGGAAAUAGCCUUCCCGGGAUCAGCGUUGCAGUAUAGAGUUACGACGGAGGCCCCUCCCCCUGUCUGGCUCGCUCUUUUUUCUCAACCUCUCGGUUGGCUUUCCGUGAGGGCUCGCUCCAGCUCACGCUCAGACCGCCGCGAAAUAGCAGGCAGAAGAUGGCUGACUCGACCGGGCACGGUGAGCCCGCAACAGCAGCACCAGCAGCAGCAUCAAGUUCACCGGGGCUUCUCGCGCGCCUGCCAUUCGCUGCCACUCCGCAACUCUAAAACGGCCCCGCCUCACUCAGUGCCCGGGUUGUACCCCCCAAAUAUUGACAGAGAUUUAAAGAAAACAUGGCUGAGAUGGAGAAAGAGAUGGGAAGACCCCCGGAAAACAAGAGGAGCAGAAAACCAGCUCACCCCGUGAAGAGGGAAAUUAACGCAGAGAUGAAGGUUCCGGCCAAUCGGCCCCUCCCCGAGGCGGGGCAAGCAGGCAAUCUCCAUGGCAACUCGCCCUACUUGAUGAGUUUUGCCGAAAACACCAUGAAUGAGCUGCUUGGAUGGUACGGAUAUGACAAAGUGGAGUUACGAGACUCAGACGACAUUGAGAUGCGUAACUACCCUGAUGCAGAAAUGCGGCAGCACAUCUCUGUCCUAAAAGAGAACUCUUUGCCAAAACCAUCCACAGUGGAGAACAACGCUGGUUCUCCUCCGCACGCCAACAGCACUGGCUCUACUCCAACAUCACGAAACGGAGUGACGGCCGAAUCAUCUGCAAACCCUUCCUCCUCAAAGGAACACGGAGGCCUGCCAAUCAUAGUGCCCUUAAUCCCGCCUCCUCUGAUCAAAGCACCAGCAGAGGAGGACACCUCUAAUGUUCAGAUAAUGUGCGCAUGGUGUCAGAAGGUGGGAGUGAAGCGUUACUCUCUCAGUAUGGGCUCUGAACUGAAGAGUUUCUGUAGUGAGAAAUGCUUCGCUGCCUGUCGACGUGCCUACUUCAAACGCAACAAGCUUGGAUAUGUGAGGAAUUGCAGUGCCAGAGAGGAGGAGGGCGUUCCACACCACAGCUUGUCCAAAGACACGCCCAGACUUGUGCUCAAGACAAACAGCGAUGUGCUUGUCUGUGAUUGGUGCAAACACAUCCGGCACACUAAGGAAUACCUAGAUUUUGGUGCGGGGGAAAGGCGGCUUCAGUUCUGCAGUGCAAAGUGUCUGAACCAAUAUAAGAUGGAUAUUUUCUAUAAAGAGACUCAGGCUGCGCUACCAGGGGGAUUCUGUAACCCACCUCUUCCUGCCAGUGAUACUAAAUCUGAAAGUGGAGCAGGUGUACAGCUUCUAACACCUGAGUCAUGGAGCUCACCUCUGAACGAGCUCCGCGGUCGCAAGGCACCAUCACCAGGGGGCAUCACCUCUGUAGCCGGACCCUCUGGAUCCACAUCGGGGUCACCGUCUGAAACUGGAACUGUGUGUUCAUCCUCGUCUUCAUCAUCAUCAUCGUCAUCAUCGUCAACGAAAAUCCCCACACCACGGCCACACGAGAGCCCUGUGUUACCGCCCCCUCCCCCACCGCAUUUAGCAGGUUUACACCCAGCUCUGGGUAUGCCGCCCGGCAGCCCACCGAUGGUCAUGACUCCACGUGGCCCGGUUCCUCUUCCUCUCUUUAUGGAGCAUCAGAUGAUGCAGCAUAUUCGCCCUCCAUUCUUACGCCCCCCAGGCCCCAACAGUCCUCAUUCCAAUCCCAUAAUUCCUGGAAUCGGGCCACCACCCCCUCCUAGAACUUUGGGACCUCCAUCAAGCCCCAUGCACCGCUCACUGCUCUCUCCCCAGGUGCACCCGUCCUCCACUCCAACCCUUUCUGGAAAUCCUCCAGGUAUGAUGCCUCCUCACCCUGGUACCCACAUGCCAUCUUUGCCUUUCCCCCCAGUUAACAUGAUGCCAGCUGGACCCAUCCCUGUACCACCCCUUAUGAACAUAGGCAUGCCUUCUCUUGCUCCAUUAGUGCCACCGCCAACAUUAUUAGUGCCCUAUCCGGUGAUUGUGCCAUUACCAGUACCAAUACCCAUACCAGUACCCAUACCAUUCAGUCCGCAUGCAUCACGUGAUCGACCAGGAAAUGACGGAACGCUUCCGAAUGCUUCAAACGAGCACAGUGACUCAAGAGCACCACCCUCAUUUUCUCCUAGCUCAUCUAGAGAGAAGGGGAGGGAUUUUCAGCAGGCCCCACCCACCUCAGAUACACUGUCACCAGGCUUUUCCAAACAGACAGAGCAGAGCAGGACAAAAAUGGUGGAUCUGAUGGUUAAAACAGAAACCCCUGGAAACCUAAACUCUGGACACUCCCACAAAGACACACUAGCGGAUGGAGUGAUUGACCUAACGACCAAUCGCCGCUCACGGCAACAGCUAGUAAUCCAGAGAGCUGUAACCUGUGUUCAGGUAAAAGCAGAGCCUGGGAUAAGCCCACCACCUGUAGUUUCACAACUGGGUGAGGCUGAGGUGGAUGGGGCGGCCAAUUCUAGCACAGAGGAUAAUCACAGAGACAGUAAUUCUAAAAGCCCAUUGGCUAGUAUGACAUUGCCUUGUGCUGAUCCUUCCUACUGCAGUGGCACUCCUCCUCUUUCUCAGCCAAUCACAUGCAUCACUAAAACUGUCCCUGGCAACAACACCACAGCUAAAACCGAGCCUGGCUCUGCUACGCCCUGCAACGUAAUUGUCAAUGGGAGUUGUAAUGUGCCAUCUGCAGAGGGUUCAUUAAGGACAUCUCCGUUAGAACAUCGAACUCUCGUGGACCCCUGUCGCAGGUCAGCCACAGUGUGCGACGACCCUACUGGGGUAGAUCUAGAAGGUGAGGACCUGAAAGAAAACAGUUGCUUGGCCACCGAAAGAGACUCAGCAGGUAAGAGAAGUACAAAUGACCAGUCCGCCAUUACAACAGGAACUGGUGAGGACAAACCACAAAGUCCUGAUGAUGCUCCAUCUGGUGAGGACCAUGCCUAUGCCCUGCCUAUAAUGCCCAAACCUGGCUGUGUCAUUCAGCCCGUGCCCAAACCUGCUGACAAAACCACUGCCAUCCUGCCAUGUGGCUUGACAGCCCCAUUAACAGGAACAGUGGCUAUGGAAAUGGAGCCUCCGCUAAAGAGAAGGUGUCUGCGUAUCCGCAAUCAGAACAAGUGAAACAGAGAACAGACUGAUGUUAACAUCUCACCAAGGGGAUAAAGGGAUAAAGAGUAUUACACUGCAGCAGAGACCUUCAGCUGUCCACAAACUCCACCCACAAUCUACCCAAUCAAGAUGUCAACCAUGUUCCUCUACAGUUCUUAAACCCACACAGAUGCAUUGUAUGCACAUAUCAUCCAGAUUGGGCAGCAAUCUGCUUUGGCUAAACAAAAAAUGACACAAUUGUCAGUCAGGAAAGUAGAUUGGCUUUGCUGUUUGACCUUCAUCUGUGAUGUCUUGAGGCAAGAGAUAUUUCCAUCCUCUCCACUAGACACCACAUCCAUGACUAGCUGAAGACUCCACUCCUAUUGUUUGGAAGUGGUAUUACAGUGCUGAAGACUACAGUGUAUAUAUGGAUUUCCAAGAUCUAAUACAAGCCCAGAGCAGCUCGAAAGAUCUGAAUACUCUUUCGCUCAAAUCUUUCCCUCUCUAUCUCUAUUCCCUGACUAUGUGUAUCGGUAUCUGCAACACCAGCAAAACACUCUGUACUCUUUCUUAACUUCUUUACUUUCAGUCUAUUUCUCUCCUUUCUGAGGGAGAGGUGUUCAGCAACUGGACACCAAAACGACAGGAAGAGGAACGGGUCACUUCAUCAGUGGGCAAAAGAGUGAGCAAACUUUCGUUUUAUCUUAAAGAUGAAGCUGUAACUCAUCCUGUGUUGGUGCAGGAUGGACACCUGACACAAAAACAAAAGAGAAGUCUGCAUUACUGGACGACAGUGGACUUGUUUAUCUGCCUAUACUUGUGCAAUGAAAAUUCACUCAUUUGAUAACAGGGUACACACCUCAAAAAUCAUUUAGGCCAACUGUUAAAAUGGCUGCCAGCCUUGCGGCCAUUGGCUUGGAGACUGUUCCACCCGCAUGGCUAAAACGGCAAGCUGAUAUUCUCAUAGUUAUGAUGCCACAUUGCAUAGCUCAAUGAAUAGUAGGUCCAACACUGCUGGUGGGUUGUGUACUGUACACAUUGCUCUUAUGGAUCAGAUUGCUAGAGGGAAACCAUUGUUCACAUGGGCAUUUGGGUUUUGUUUCUCAUCAUAUAUAUAUGAUGAAUCCUUUUUAGCGUGGUGCUCUUGGUCAAGUUUUAAAUGAUAAAGAUCUCUCCUGGGUUUUUUAUCAGUAAACAAUCAAAACCAGUUGAGUGACUUCGGUUUGGUCAGCAGUGAGAUAGUGUCAGAGGCGCAUUCAUGAGGUUUGUUUUUAUUCUAUGCUUUUUUGCCAAAUCCUAAUCAGUGCUAAAUUACAUUCAUCACAUCCUUUCCUGCUACGGCGACUGAAAGCGGUUUCAUUCACAUUUCCAAGGUGCCUCAGUGUAGAGUUCACUUACACAGGAUGCCAAGAACAUUUUAAUGAAAGGUAGACUUGGUUGGUAAAGUGGUCGAAGAGCCAAAAUGAUAUCGGUUACAAAGAGUACUGUAGGAGUCAAACGCAUGGUUAGCAACUGUAUUCAUCUGGUUUUUGUUUUACCGAACUAAAGGAGAAAAUUUUUAAAACCCAGUCUGAGUGUGUGGGAGAAUGUGUGUCAAAUUUCUUUAGUAACUUUGGCCAAAAAGAGUUCAAUUUCACAAAGCGUUCAAGUUUGCUCAAGCUGUUUUGGACAAAAAGUAGAGUGUCAAAAUUUUGGUCAAAACGCCAUUCAUGAAAAGAGGAAGUGAAACUCAAAGUGAAACUUCCUGAAAGCAGUUUAUUUCAAUUGUGUAUUUUUGUUUCUUCACCUCACCAGCAGAGUGAGUGGCCAUUAUUGACCCACCUUUACCAAGUUUUUCUUUUUUUUCACUCUCCAUCUCUCUCUCUCUUUGCUCCUGGGUGAUAUACAAAGAGCAUUGAAGUGCUACCCUAUUCCUCUGUACUUUUCAUGUGGGAUUCAGUUUCGCAGCGGUAUAUUUUUUCAAUAGUAGUCUCAGAGGUCUAACGAGUAGGGACUGGAUUUCUCUCUUGGGUUCAUAUGUGUCUGGGUCUCAUUCCAGUGUCAGAUUUAUGCACACACAUUCCUAUGUCAGAUAUAUUUUGUCAGUGCUGAUAUGGUUGGCUGACCCUCCUUCUGGAUAGAAGUUUAGAGAACAGAUUGAUAUAAAGGACAAAAUAUCAUAUGCUCUGUGUUUGGUGCACAUACAUUAUGUGUUUAUGUGUGGGGGCACAGUAAAGGAAUAGUUUACCCAAAAUAUGAAAAUUCUCUCAUAAUUUACUCUGUUGUGCAUCAGAGGACAUUUAUUAACCCACUGGAGUUGUUUGGGUUACUUCAAUGAUGGAAGGAUGUGCUUUUAGAAACUUGAAAUAACAUGAUGGCAUUUUAACACAAAACUUUUUCUUUGUGUUUAACUGAAGAAAUGGAGACAUACAUUUGGGAUGGCAUGAUGGUGAGUAAAUUAUGUGAAGUUUCAUAUUUGGGUGAACUUUUCCCAGCAAGCAAGAUUAACUAUAGAUCCAAUAUAGUCCGGCUAUAACUGACUUCUGAAUAACUGAAUUCUAGCCAGAAUAAACUUGAAUUUGGUUACAUUUUAGUUUUUGCCAAAAUAACUUGCAAGAUGUAUCAUAAUCCAUCAUGUAAGCAAAGUCAACAUUGAUUACAAGGAGUUUGGAUUCAUUUAUUUUUAGGCUAUGGUUACAUAUCUAUUAAUUUCUCACUGACACUUAAAUUUUGCCUUGUUUUAAGGCUAGACGUCUGGGCUGUGUUUGGACGUCUUUUAAACGCAAACAUGCUUGCUGGUUCCUUUAAGAGCUACAUGGGAGAAACACUUUAACAGAGUUGAGAUCUGAGAUUCUUGACAUUGUGUCUACAUAGUGCUAUUAAACACACUUGGUUAAAAUGAGAUGUUUUGUCUAAAUCUAAGUUACUAUUAAGGUAAUACAUCUAAUAUAUCAUGAUAUGAAUUUUCCCAGCCUUAGCUCUGCUUGAAAACCACAUCUGUUACCAUCAUUGCUAAAUAAAUAUAAGAUUAAAGGCACUCUAAGCGAAUCUGCGAGACGUCACUUUUUGUUGAUGUUUGAACUGCUUUCAAACAAACGGAGCGUAGCUAACUCCUCCCCCUCCCUUCCGUGCUUUCAUAAACGCGCCCACCCCCAAAAGCUUCUUGUUGUUUAUUGGCUGGAACACUUUGUUUUGUUUCGUGGUGCUAGGUUUGGCCACUGUGUUUUUAUUGAAGUUUGUAGAGCCUAGGCUGUCUACAGAGAUCGCGUUUUUUACAGUUUGAUCAGCGGACAGGCAGCAAGCAGAUAGUAAGGAGAUGUUUGCUGUAUGUAACAAAAAAUGUUUUAUGGUCUAAAACGUAUGAAUUCGCUUAGAGCACCUUUAAUUUAUGCAAUCGAGUAAAUUGCUUUUACAAUUGUAUGUUAGGUAUGGCUAUGUCAUGAGGUCGUAACACGCACACACACAGUUUAAAUCUCAAUUAAAGGGGUGGUAAACCACCUGUUUUUGAAGGUUUAAUUGUGUUUAUGGGGUGCACUGUAACAUGUGUUCAUGCUUCGUUUGAAUUUUUACUUCAUUGUACAUCCUAAAAACAGCAGUUGAGUUCCUGGUUCUCUGAAGCCCCUCCCUCAGAAAUACACAAUAUGCUUAGAUUGGUUAGCUGGCCAGAUUCUUUAACCACCUACUGCACUUUGUCCGAAAACGUCACGCCCCUACCAGAAUGAGUGUAAUAUCGCUAGCAGAACUAUGACCCCAUAACAAAAACAAACCAUGGCUUUACUACAGUGGCCAGUUGGGGUUUGUGAUGUCACUAACCCAGGAAGAAGCUCACUGUAGUUUAUCCAGCCAUACAUUUGUAGUUUAUGUGAAGCAAUUAAAGAAAAUAUAUCCCUUUGCAUUGAACUUUAAGCGUUGUAACUUUGCAGAUGUUGUUUAUGCUCAAACAGCAACAUUAAAAAUUGUGUGUGUGCGUGUGUGUGACCUUGCUGUUGUAACUAGAGUUGUGCAGACUGGGCUGGGACAGAUAUAGCUCUGAAACUCAACACUGUUGUAGUGUCUGCGGUUCCACACAGACAAGACAAUGACACCAGCAGAAAAAUGUGUGUGUUUGCGUGUAUGGGACCCAGCAGAUGAUGCUGUCCUUGACAACAAUAGAAAAGCUGUGUGUGUACAUUGUAGGAGAGUAAUUGCACUUAUGAGAAACACUGUAAAAGUUUAUUACAAACAGUAAAAGUUCUGUUUCAUCAUUUCCCACACUACAUUGAUUCCAUUGCCAUUAUAUACAUUAUAUUUUAAUGUUUAUAACACUUUUUAAAGUGUAAAAUCGUACUGAACCAAUUUUGAAUGACCUUUAUUUUGUGGCCAAUGCUGUCCAAAUAACAAUUGCCAUCUGGAGUUCAAGAGUGAGUAGGUGCCCAGUGUGGCCACCAGGGGUAGUAAAGUCAGUGAACUAGUUUUAACCAAAAAAAGCUGAAGGAAUUAACAAACCAUAGUACAUCGAGUCUGCUAGAGUGCAAUACUGUAAUCCAAGAGCGUUUCAAAAGAUAUACUAGAGGCGCCUGUUUCAGUGGCCAAACUGUCUUUCAGCCCCGAGGCAGGGUAUAGAAAGAGUAUUUGGCUUUUACAUUCACCAAAAUUAGUCUGAAAAGUUGGAGAGCUUCUGUUUAAUCAGAGAGAGGAACUUGAGCACUGCUUUGGCGAAGGAUUAGCCACACACACAAAAACCCAUACACCGCAACUCCGAAAUACCAGCAAAACCAUCGGCCCCAUCCCUAACCGAGUAAUGUUACAUGGGCUUCAACAAAACAACAUAAUGAGAGAAAAGCACUCCCACCUUACAUCUACUGCAAUUCUGUAAAAUCAAGUUAAGGGGAAUACAGAUGCGAGUUUUGACAUUAAUUGAUCAAAGCGUAAAUCAGAAGGGUCUUGAAAUAUCCCAAUAUUCCGAUAGCCAUGAAAUACACAAUCGUAAGGUCGAUGGGCCUUUAAAUAGAACAGCCUUGUCAACAGCCAGAAUUAUGCAACAACAAAUUCUUAUAUCUGCACUCUGUGUGAGAGACACUAUGUUUGUGUAAAUCAAAAACAAAAAAGACGCAAGCUGCAGUUUUUAAGGAUCAAAUGUUCAAACCUUUUUGAGGUGAAGAUCUGAGCUGCCUUAAUCAUUUGUGUGCUCUGUAUUUAACAAUGCCUGCUUGUUUAAAAAUCCCACUUUGUAAAAACACGCAAAUAAUAAAAUCGACUUUGUCGUCUGGCUAGUAUGGAUGUAUAGAUGCUUUGUCUGUGUCCUGUAUGAAUCGGAGGUUUUGCUACGUCGCUCACCGUCCCUUCACCCCAAAACCUUGUACAUUUACCCUUGUUGUUGUUUCUCAAUCUUUUUUGUGUACUUGCAGAACAUUUUAUAGUAUUAUUUAUUACUGGCAAGCCUUUGCAUUUGCAAAUAAUAAAAAAGAAAAAACAAGAAAGAUGGUUCUUUGAACAGGGUAGCAAGUGGCAGCCAAGCUGUCCAAUGAAAAGUCUGUAUGUUUGUUUUUGUUUGUUUGUUUGUUUUCUAAAUUAAGGAAGGAAACAGCAAGAGCAAAAGAAAAAAGAUUAACUUGUCUUUUGAUUAUGAAGUUGUUAUAAAACUUGUUGCUUUAAAAUGUAUCAUUUUUUGUGUUGUAACAGUAUUUGUUUAAUCCAGUGAAUUGCUUAUUAAAAAGAAAUAAAUAGAGGCACACUCCA